CAGUGAAGGCAGCGUUUGGACAGGCGCGGAGAUCAGAUCCGAGCGACUUCUCUCGGUUAUUUCUCCUUUAACUCUAACUUUAACGAGAAGUCCCACGUUUUCCUCCGCAACCCUCUACCUCCCGGUGAAACCCCGGGGUGGGCGUUACUGGAGCAGAGAACCGGGCGGGAGGACAGCAACACCCGGGCGACCAGCAGAGCACCAGAGCCGCAGCAGCGGAUCCCGGAACUUGGAGCGGCCGAGGAGCUAAGUGCGCUAGCUUUUUGUUGACAGGCUGCCCGGCUGUCAGAGCCCCGGAGCCGGAGAGGAACCCGGGGACGAGCCGGGGGACGGAGCCGCUGCUGGACCCGAGGGACGGACACCCAUCCACCCGCCAGCCCCUCCGGGUCUCUCACCCGGGCUGUAGAUCUGUGUGUUCGGAGCCACUUGUGGAUCCGGGAUGGCUUCGAGAGGGGGGUUCCCGGGGCACCCGAGCCCCGUGAGCGCGGCUCUCUCCGCGGGCAUGAGGCUGUCCGGGCUCCCGCAGCCCCCGGCCGGCUACCGGGGCAUGGGCCACUACACCCAGCGGCCUGGGAUGCCACCCAACAGAGGAGGGGGCCCCAUGGGGUUAAUGGGGGGCCAGUUGCCUGGUCCCUCUUAUGGUGGAGGCAACAUUCCUAUGCGGCCAGGCAUGGGAUCCCCUGGCAUGGACGCCUCAAGGAAACGGUUCCUUCAUCAGCAGCAUCAACACCAGCAGCAGCAGCAGCAGCAGCAGCAGCAAGAGGCGCUGGGGAGCUUGAGACGAGGAGCAAAAAGACGCAAGAUGUCUGACAAGGUUCUGCCACAGAGGAUCCGAGACCUGGUCCCUGAGUCACAGGCCUACAUGGAUCUCCUGGCCUUUGAGAGGAAACUGGAUCAGACCAUCGCCCGCAAGCGCAUGGAGAUUCAGGAGGCCAUCAAGAAGCCCAUUAUGCAAAAGCGCAAGCUGAGGAUCUACAUUUCCAACACUUUCACUCCCAGCAAGCCUGACGGAGAAGAGGCAGAGAAGGUUUCUUCCUGGGAGCUGAGGGUGGAAGGCAAACUGCUGGAGGAAGCCGGCAAGCAGAAGAGGAAGUUCUCCUCUUUUUUCAAAAGCCUGGUGAUUGAGCUUGAUAAGGAGCUCUAUGGACCCGACAAUCACUUAGUAGAGUGGCAUAGAAUGCCGACCACUCAGGAGACGGAUGGUUUCCAGGUCAAAAGGCCCGGGGACGUGAACGUUAAAUGCACUCUUCUGCUCAUGCUCGACCACCAGCCCCCGCAGUACAAACUGGACCCCCGCCUGGCUCGUCUUCUGGGCGUGCACACUCAGACGCGGGCCAGCAUCAUGCAGGCUCUCUGGCUCUACAUCAAGAACAACAAGCUGCAGGACUGUCACGAGAAGGAGUACAUCAACUGCAACCGCUAUUUCAAACAGAUCUUCGCCUGUCUGCGCAUGAGGUUUUCUGAGAUUCCCAUGAAACUGGCUGGCCUGCUGCAGCACCCAGACCCCAUUAUCAUCAAUCAUAUCAUCAGUGUGGACCCCACGGAUCAGAAGAAGACGGCAUGUUAUGACAUCGAUGUGGAGGUGGACGACCCUCUGAAAGGCCAGAUGAACAGCUUCCUGUCCUCCACAACCAACCAACAGGAAAUUGCUGCUCUCGAGAUGAAGAUUCAUGAAACAAUUGAGUACAUCAACCAGUUGAAAACUGAGAGAGACUUCAUGCUGAGCUUCAGCAAUAAUCCCCAGGACUUCAUCCAGGACUGGCUGAAGUCUCAGAGCAGAGAUCUGAAGUUGAUGACAGAUGUGACCGGAAACCCGGAAGAGGAGAGGAGGGCUGAUUUCUACCAGGCACCCUGGAUGCCAGAGGCUGUGGGCAGAUACGUUUACUCCAAAGUACAGCAGAGGCGACAAGAGUUGGAGCAAGUGUUGGGAAUCAGACUCACCUAAGGAAUUACUCCAGAAGGGUCAAGGUUUAAGUUUACGGAUCAAAUAUUAACGUCUUCUCAUUUGAAACUGGAAAGAAAUUGGUUAAUGUUGCAAUUUGUAUUUUCACUUACUCUCCGAGUAUAGGGACCAAAGUGGUGAUUUUCGUUGAUCAGCCAUAAAAUUCCGAACACCUUUUCUAAUAUUUAGUAUGUGCUGGUCUGAUCCAGUCGGGACAAAGACAGAACACAUCUCAGUGUUUCUGGAGGAUCGUCAGAUUGGCAUAAGUUGAGUUUUUAGACUCUUUGUCUUUGCUUCUUUGUUUGAAACAUUCCUCAACAGUCUGGUUUUUUUUUCUGGGGUGUGCUGGAGUCCUGCUGGGAGGAGGCUGCUCCUGCACGAUGGUGCAAUUGCAAUACCGGGAGGAGGGAUUUCCAGAGUAACAUCAGUCUGAAUUCCUGGAUGCAGGCUUUGCCAGGAGAUCGUUGAAUUGUAUCAAUCUAGCUGAGUUACUCAUUUUAAAUGUUACGGCUGAUUGGUGUCCUUUACUUUGUUUUUUCCUUUCAUGUAAUGUUGAGCCUGUUCAAAUCAUAUUUGCCUUGUUUUGCUAUGUUUUAAAAAUGAUACAAAAUGCUGAAAACUGUUGAAGCACUAGUGCUGUUGAGGUGCCUCUACCAACAACGUGCCAUUAUGAGGGGGUAUUUGUUUUACCUUCUCUUUUAAAAGCCAUAACGGUUUAGAUUUUAAAGAAAAAAUGUGCCUGAUGUGCGAUUACAAUAAUUGGGAUGUUAACAUUUCAUUUAAAUGUGUAUCUAUAGUAAUACAUAUUUACAACAGAAAUGUUGGAUUAUAUGGGGGGGGGGGG